CAGCUCGGGGUGGUGGGGGGGAGAAAGAACAGCAAGCGCCUGUCAAUCGUUUUCAUAGGAAACGUAGAGAGAGAAGCCACGAAGGCUGGCAAAGAACGCUCAGGAGGGUCUCGCGGGCAAGGCGCGCAGUGCGCGCCGGGGUAUGUAGUCCAAUCCCUCACCCAACAGGGCCAAAGGCCUAAAUGGUGCUAUAAUUAUCUACUACGCCCAGGGAAGGUUUAUUUUUUGCUCCGUUUUAAAUGUACAAUUGGAAUGUGCAAUUGUGGCAACACCUGUCCCCGUGAACGGCGAAAAGGCUGCCGGGAGUCGAAAUUUUGGAGGAGGAGUCGGAGUCUGUGGAUCGUUAGCGGAAGUGACGCAACCAGCCGUCGCCUCUUUCUCUUCUCCUCUUCCGCUGCGUCUGCCUGUGUUGUUGUGCCUGAAAGGAGCCCGCUGAGGCCCCCGCCCGACCGGGCUUGCCGUCUCCUGAGUCCGAUGGACCAGUCAUCUCCAACCUAUAUGAUUGCUAAUUUAAUACCCCUGCAUUCAGAGCAACUCCUGCAAGGCCUGAACUUACUCCGCCAGCACCAUGAACUUUGUGAUGUCAUCCUUCGAGUUGGAGAUGUCAAGAUCCAUGCCCAUAAAGUUGUGCUUGCUAGUAUCAGUCCAUAUUUCAAAGCCAUGUUCAGUGGCAAUCUCUCUGAAAAAGAAAACUCAGAAGUAGAAUUUCAGUGCAUUGCAGAAGCAGCUCUUCAGGCCAUAGUGGAAUAUGCUUAUACUGGGACUGUAUUCAUAUCACAGGACACCGUGGAAUCACUUCUGCCCGCUGCCAAUCUCUUGCAAAUCAAGCUUGUGCUGAAAGAAUGUUGUACCUUUUUAGAAAGCCAGCUGGAUCCUGGCAAUUGUAUUGGUAUCUCCCGUUUUGCAGAGACGUAUGGCUGCCAUGAUCUGUACUCGGCUGCCAAUAAAUAUAUUUGUCAGAAUUUUGAAGAUGUUUGUCAGACAGAAGAGUUCUUUGAACUUACCCAUUCUGAACUGGAUGAAAUUGUUUCCAAUGACUGCUUGAAUGUGGUUACAGAGGAAAUGGUUUUUUAUGCGCUGGAAUCUUGGAUCAAAUAUGAUGUACAGGAGCGUCAGAAAUUUCUGGCGCAGCUACUUCACUGUGUACGGCUGCCUCUGUUGAGUGUUAAAUUUCUCACAAGACUUUAUGAAGCCAAUCAUCUCAUUCGUGAUGACCAUACCUGUAAACACCUGUUGAAUGAAGCCCUGAAGUACCAUUUCAUGCCUGAACACAGGCUUUCAUAUCAGACUGUACUAACUACACGUCCUCGCUGCCCUCCUAAAGUGCUCUGUGCAGUAGGAGGAAAAGCUGGACUCUUUGCUUGUUUGGAAAGUGUUGAGAUGUAUUUUCCUAAGAAUGACUCUUGGAUAGGCUUAGCACCUCUGAGUGUUCCUCGCUAUGAAUUUGGAAUCUGUGCCCUUGAUCAGAAAAUCUAUGUAAUAGGAGGAAUUGCAACCCACAUGUGUCAAGGCAUCAAUUAUCGGAAGCAUGAAAGCUCUGUGGAAUGCUGGGACCCUGAUACAAACACUUGGACGUCAAUUGAGAGUAUGAAUGAGAGCCGAAGUACUCUGGGCGUAACAGUUUUGUCACGAGAAAUCUAUGCCUUGGGAGGUUAUGAUGGGCAGUCCUAUCUGCAAUCCGUGGAGAAGUAUAUUCCAAAGGUGAAGGAGUGGCAGCCUGUUGCACCAAUGAACAAAACCAGGAGUUGCUUUGCUGCAGCUGUUUUAGAUGGAAUGAUUUAUGCCAUUGGGGGCUAUGGUCCAGCUCAUAUGAACAGUGUGGAACGUUAUGAUCCCAACAAGGACUCCUGGGAAGCAGUUGCACCAAUGGCAGACAAGAGAAUAAACUUCGGUGUUGGGAUUAUGUUGGGCUUCAUUUUUGUAGUUGGAGGGCACAAUGGUGUUUCUCACUUGUCCAGCAUUGAGCGGUAUGAUCCACACCAAAACCAAUGGACUGUUUGUCAUCCGAUGAAGGAACCUCGAACUGGAGUUGGCGCAGCUGUAAUUGAUACGUAUCUUUAUGUAGUUGGUGGACACUCAGGGUCAUCCUAUCUUAAUACCGUACAGAAAUACGACCCUAUAUCUGAUAACUGGCUGGACACUGCUGGCAUGAUGUACUGCCGUUGUAAUUUUGGCUUGACUGCACUUUGAAGAAUACAUUUGAGGACGCAAGUAGCACUGAAGAUGCCCGACCUGUACAAAGCAGACGAUGUAUUUCUUCAAGAUAGGAGAAAUGACUUAAUUGUAAUGCAAACAGGUGAACCCCAAAUAAGAAUUGGAUAUUGUUGAUAGGAAAGAAAUGGAAGGAGGGAAUAUGGAACUGUCUUUCUAAUGGAGAUCCAAAUUGCACACUGUUAUUGAUCUGAAAUAAUUUAUCUUGAUAAAAGAAGCACUGUGUUGCCUGCAAUAGGCAAAAAAACCCUCCCAAACUCAGAGCUUUGAUCUUUAUCUUCCUGUGACUGGCAUAGGUAAUAUUGCUAAAGGGGUGGGAUCAUUUUGACUGUGUUGCACAAUCUUACUAGAUGUCUGUCUCCAUAUUUACAUAGAGACCAUGAUUGCUUCACAUUUUUUAUGAACAGUUAAAGGGCUGCCUUUUCCCUCCACCCAUUACGCAGGUUUUGUAAAUAUCUGAUACUGUAAUUUGUUUAUCUGCACUUAAUACGCCUCCUCCUUUCGAAGUGGAGGGAUAAUUUACUGGAGGAUAAGAAUGGAUAGCUAUUGUGAAGUUUCCAAUUUUUAGUUCAUUGCAUUUAAAAUUUUAUUUUUAUUCUUACACUAUUUGGACCUGUCUGUACAUCUAAAAAGUAAACCCUUCUUGCCCUUUAUCUGAAGACCUACAGCUUUUAAGCUCCUAGAGAAAGCCCAUGUGGCUUGGGUUUUCUUAAAAUAAUGCAUAAUGAUAUGCCAGCACCUUUGUAAAUGUUCCAGAAAGAAAUAUCUUCCACCUCUGUGCAUAAAUUUAUGGCUUGUAGCCCACGAGUGACUACAAAGAAUGUACAACCAAAUUUUCAGUGUGUACUAACUUUGACAUGGUGCUAAACAAUUAGAUUGCUGAGAUUGCUAGAAAUAUUAAGAGGGAUUGAUUGAAUAUGUACAGCAUUGAAUUUAAGGCAAAUUUUUGACUAAUACCUUUUUUGUCUUUGGUGAUCUGCAAGAUAUGUAAUGAUACCUACUAAAUUGAAAUAUAACACUAUUUUUUUCUUUUCUAUUCCUGUGAAAUUAUCAAGCUUUUCUUAUGCUAGAAUUUAUUAAAUGAGCAUGUUUGGUGAACAGAAGCCUGAACAGAUUAGAGAAUGGAGGGCGUAUUGAUUUCCUUAGAGAUAGUUCGUCUCCUUAAAAAGUGAAUUAGGUAACAAUACUGGGUAUUUAUCUCUGCAUUCUUAGCAGCUCCCCCAGACAUUGCUUUGAGAUAUCCUAGAACUCAGCAGAACUUUUUAGUAGUGAUUGGAUUGUUCUGUAAUAGGACAAUUCCUCUAAUAAAUUGAAAUUUGGUCAUUGAUAGAACAUUCUGAAACUCACUGUUAAGGUUCAAAGAGAACAAAGCAUAACCUUAUUUUUUAAUAUUGUUUAGCAUAAAUAACUGAAACUGUUUCUGCAGUUUUCUCUUUCAGGUACUUUUCAAUGUAUAUUUUUGUUUUGUUGAAAGAGUUGUACUUCAAUUUAUUCUUGUUUGCCUUUUCUCCCUUUGGAAGUACAUUUCUCCUCAUCUCCCUUUAGCAUGAUUUUUGGUAGUGUUCAGAAACAUGCAAUAAUAAGAUGUGUGACUGACCUGUAUUUUGAGCCUUUUACUUUUAUCUACACAAAAGGGGAGAUUAUGGACUAGUAACUUGUGCUCUGUAAUAAGAAUGGCAGCUAACCAAGCUGCAAAAGCUCUUCUUCUUCCAUGAGCUAAUCAAUGUUCUAAUUAAGACCAGAGGAGCACACUUCUUAAACUACUUAACAUCAUUUUUCUACCAACACUUGAAGAUGUUAUCAAAUCCUAAAACUCUUGUUUAGGUAUUUGUGGGGUUAAGCAGAGUUUUGAAGCAACUAACUAUGAAACAAGCAAUUUGUAAUAUGCUAGUUGAUACCUGUUAUGCAGCAAUAAUAGCAUAAUACAACAUGUACAUUGAUUUUUUUAAUGCAUGGAAUUGUGUGCUUAGGACAUUCUCAUUCAUUUCAGUGAAACGCGUUUGAGAGAUCUGGAUUCUGAAGAAAGCAAUCAUAUGUGACAGUAGAAGCAGUUGCUUCUGGAUCAACAGCUAUUCAAUUUGCAUUCACAAAAAAUGCAAAAUUAAAUUGUUUUUUUUUCUUAGGUCUUUCUUCAAGCUGCCUUUGAAUUUAGAAAAAAUAUAUUGAUGCUUGGUAGUUGUUUGAGAAGUUGCUCACAUAGUGAGAAUCUGGGAAUCAGACAGAACAGCUCUAAACAAGGAGAGAGAGAAGUGAUCACAGAGUGGAAAAUGCUAAAAAAAAUCCCAUUGUAGCUGAAGGACUUAAGAAGAGUUCACCUGGUUAUCUACCUUGUUCAUGCAUGUUUUGCAAAGCAUCCACUCAAACUGCUUUGACUGGCAGAUCUGAACAUCAGAGUUAAGGAGAUUUUUUGCUUCUGUUUUAAAAAAAGAGCGCAGACGGUGACAACAUUUGAUAUGCUUUGGCACCCCUUUUGGGUGAUGGCAUGUACCCAGUAAGAAGUCAAUUACUCUAAAUAUAACACUUUUUGAAUUAUUAGUAAUCUCCAGGCAAUUUGAGGGUAGCCCUUAUUGUGCAGUUCAGCUAAGGAUGUUGUUAAUUUAUUUGAGUCUAUCUUGAUAUUUGCCCAUAAGGAGAUUUAGUUGAUUGCUUUAAUUAUGUAGACCAUCUGUAUUAACAACAAUUUAAGGCACAAAUAGCUAUUUAGUCACAAUUAGAUUAAUUCACUAGUGCAGUAGAUACUAUCUCUGUAGCAAAUACAGGGAAUAAUACUAUAUUUAAAUUAACUCAUCAUAGUCACUUCUCUUUCACCAUUCACUGAACUGCUCAAGUGUAGAUAAAUUGGACAACCAAUUUUAACAUUUGUAGGCUGCAAUAAGCUGCUUAUAGCUCAGCAUUACAGAGAAAGCCUUUCCUAAAAUAGUACCUACUUUAACAUCCAGUUCCACAAAACCAUUCAAGUGACUUACUUAAUGAUUAAGCAAAAGCACUUUAACAUUUCCUGGCUGUUUGUUUUUAGAAUUUUCUUUUGUUUGGAAGAAAAAUAACCCCAUAGCUUUGUACAUAGGUAAUAUAGGGUAGCAUUAUAUGCAUAUGUAAUACAAGUACGGUAAUCCUCAACCUUACGACCACGCUUGGGAUGGAAUUUCCCAUCACUAAGUGAGGUGGUUGUUGACUGAGUUAUGCCCAGUUUUAUGAUCUUUUUUUGCUGUGGCCAUUAAGCAAAUCACUGCAGUCAUUAAUUGGAGCUGGCUUGAAUUGAAUUUGUUGUCGGAAGCUAGCUGGGAAGGUCUCAGAUGAUGACCAUGUAACCUUGGGAUGCUGCAGCCAUUGUAAAUGUAUAUGAGUUGCCAAGCACCCAAAUUUUGAGCAUGUGACCAUGGAGACACUGCAACAGUCAUAAGUAUGAGGAACGGUCAUAAGUCACUUUUUUUCAUCCCAGUCAUCACUUUGGUUACUAAACAAAUAUAGUUAAGGACUACCUGUAAUCUUGAUUGAAAGCACAACUCCAGAACCAGACACUGUUUCCAGUGCCAGCAUCUGUUGUUAUAGAAGAAUUUUUCUUCUCAUAAUACACCUUUCCAUUCAUGAUAAAUGAAUAUUUAUGAGAGAUAGAGAAGUUGGCACCUUGGCUGGGUCUUUUCUUCAGUCAAGAAAUAUUAAAUGGUAUAAAAGGGUUCCUGGAGUUAUGUCAGCUAGAGUGUAAGACUGGAGCCUCGCAGUGGUUAAAUAUUUUUGUUAUGUGACAAACGUAGGCAGUCUUCUCUUUAUUUCUAUUUGUUUUCUUCUCUGUUUUUUCUUCUACCCCAUCUACCAAGGUCAUUUGUUAAUUCCUUCCAUUCUAUGACAGAAUAUGAGCUCACUCUCCUACUUGCCUUAAAUCCCCUUUCAUACAUGAAAGAACUGAGAAAUAAUUCCUUUUCUUUGCCUUACAUGCUAUUCUGUGUUUUCACUUCUGUGACCUAAUUCUAAACUUUCAUACACAGUAGCUUUUGGUAAGAUUCUGACCUGCACAGAGGGAUUUAUUGUGGAUGUUAGGAGACGGGCAGUGAUGUUUUAUGUUGCGUUCUCCUACCAGCAGAGUUUCAUGUUCUUUCUCUCUCUGCCAGCUUCCUUUACAAAGAUGGUAGUUGAGUAGGAAGCUACCAGAUAAUUUUCUCCUUUGUUUGCUAAAUGUGGUCAUGUUCUGUUGUUAUUGCUACAGUAUUUCAUUUCAAUGUGCACUGUUUACUAAAUAAAUUUAUGAAGACAAAAAAA